AUGCGAGGCGAUGGUAUUCCUGGAUCUCCUUCGAACAGCCCACGCUACUGUCAUGCAGCAAUCUGGCCCCCCGUCACUUUCUCGAGAAGCAGCGCGGCCCAUAAUGACACCGACAUAAGGCCUUCCACAAACGAUAGCUCCACGAACCGGGUCCUUCCGCCCGUCAAAUUCGUUGAUAUCGAAAGAGUUCCAGCACACACUCCCCCUUUUGGUAUACGUGCCCAAAGGGAUGGGGAUAUUUUGCAUGCGUCUGACUGGGGCAGCUCCCUGCUCCAGCCUGCUGGCCAUGUCUAUGCACUUCGCAAGCAAGAGCGGACGGCUUUUUUGCCAAAGGGGGGGCAAGACGAAGUGAUGGCUCAGUACGAGUCAGGCCUCUUCACAAAUCCCCCGUGUGCGUCGCCUGCGGGACGCGGGAAGCAAACCCUCAAGCAGUCGCCCCCUGUCAUCACGGACCUGUUUCUGAAAGAUAAUACGAAGAGAACAUCGGGGGUUACAGUGUUCAAUUUUCCAGGCGCCGCCCCCUUGUACUCUUUGCAUUCUGUCAGAAGAGGCUCGGAAGUAUCACACGCUGAGGCAGGGAGGAUGAAGGGAUGUGCAGGUUGCAGACUACAACGGCGGCAAGUUGAGCACUGAGGAACCCCGUCUUAGUCUUCAAGUAUCCUUACGGCGACGUUCUGACGUGGUGGUGGAAACCCUUGGUUAUCGGACUGGUACCGCUUGUACGGGCGGUAU